CGAGCUUAUAUUCGGGCAAAAUUAUUCAAAUUGGGUUGGGCGGUCACUCUUGCUAAAAUACACAACAUCAUUUUCUCUUCACUGUGUUCUUCAAUCUUACAUACUCUGAAUUCUCCAUUGAAGUAGAUUUUGAGCUUUCUCUCCUCCAUUGAAGCAGCUUCUGAGGAUAAGCUCUAAUGGAGGGUACAGAGAUUUAUGGUAGAAGGGGUAGCCAGCUUGUGAAAGAGCUUGCUUGUGCCGAACCGGGUCAACUUACUCGAUUCAAUGAUGAUUUGUUUAAUCAAGUUAUCAAAGAAUGUGCUGUGCACUACAGUCAAUUUUACGAACUUACUAGGAAAAUGCAAGAUGAAGGAUUGGAUGUCCAAUCAGCUAGAAAUGCUGAUCACUUUGGAAUGCUUAUCCAUCAUCUUUCUCUAUUACGCAACAAGCGUUGCCUAAUGGCAUAUGUGCAUAACCGAUCUGAAAUUAUACAGAACCUAAGCUGGACUGUUGGGCGGGUGCUUCCUGAAGAAAUUGAGCAAAAGCUAAGUGAUCCAGAAAAGCGUUACUUUAAGAGCCACUCUUCAGCUUUACAAUCGUAUAUGAGGGACAUGGAUGGCCUUGAUUUGACUGUGGAUAUGGUGCCACCAAAAGAUCCCUACAUUAAAGUAAGAGUCCUUGAUGAUAUUGGUGUGACAGCAAUGGGAGACCGAGAUACCAAUCUUGCACGCCACUCAAUCCACUUCCUCAAACGAAGUGAUGCUGAGCAUUACAUGUUUCAGUGUGCUGCUCAGUAUGCUGUUAGUUUCAAGAUCAUCAUGUUCAGUUGUUUGGCUGUGACUGGGCAGAAGACUCAACUGUCUUUAAAGGACGCAUAUCCGGGCAAAAAUGCAAGCAAAAGCUGCCAGAGCAUGAGGUCUGUGGUUUAACUGUGCAGCAGUGCAGGACCUGUAAACUCUGAUGUUUUCCUCCUGUUAUUUAUCUAGGAUUGUAAUUAUUUUUUUUUUGAGGCCAUCUAGGAUUGUAAUUUGUAACUAGCAUAUUCCUUUUAAAAACCAAUAGAAAUAAAAAAAACUUUUAUAAGCAA